UUGCCGGCAGUGUUUUGGUUUUUAUUUUGAGUAGCUGGCGUUGAAGUUUGUGCUGCAGCCUGAAUAAAAAUUCGUUGCCAUAAUGCCAAAGAGCCUAGAUAAAGUGAAGGUGAAUGUAAAAGAGCGUAUAGAUGAUGAAACAUGCGAUCUAAGCCUCUCGGAACUAACGGAAGUACCAGUGCGUGAAAUAGUUUCGUUUAAACGAGUUUGUAUAUUGGAUUUGUCCAGCAAUCGUUUGGUUACACUCGGCCGCAACUUUACUACACUAACACGACUCAUCAAGCUUGAUCUAAGCAAGAAUCAAAUACGCGCUCUGCCCGAUGAUUUUGGCCAACUGGAGCAGUUGCGACACUUGGACUUGUACAACAAUUGCCUGGAGCAUGUGCCGUUGAGUUUUGGACGCUUGCGUCGCCUGCGCUAUUUGGACUUGAAGGGCAACCCUUUGACGCCUGCCUGGGUGAAAGUUGUGGGCAGCUGCUCAACGCUAAAGGACUGUCAACAAGCGGCCAAGAAUACCGUCAGCGUCUGUGUCAACUACAAGAACGAAGUCCAGGCAGCUCAAGAGCGUCAAAUGGCACCGCCGGCAGUUGGGGAUGCUGACGGCAGCUCUAGCUCCAACAAUAGCACAAAGGCAAAUAAUAAUAAGCAGUCUAAAAAGACCAAACCAAACAAUAAAUUGAAAGCAAAAAAAUCAGGAGCUGCAGCCGAAAAUGAACUCACAAUCAAACCAGUUAACACCAACACCAAACCAAACAAUCAAAAGCACAAUUCCAAAAAGAAGUCUGCAAAUGGCAAAUGGUUUAAAUUUCUCUCAGGUGUUGCCUUCUCAUCGCUUCUGACUUUCAUGCUGCUCUUCAUUGUCAACGAUUGCUGAUUACUAUACCAUGAUUAUGUUC